AGCCAUAUUUUUCGAAGUUAGCACUUUAAAGCACUGUGUAGGCUUCGUUGCACGUCUAGCCAUCCGUAGUUUCGUACUCGGCUAUCGUCGUCGUCGUUCGUCUUCUGCGACCAUUCGGAUAUCCCAUGAUUCCCGGCAGGCAGCGAGUGUUGUGGGAAACAAAAUGGCUAUGCACCGCUCGUCUGUGUCGAGACGGGGCUCUAAAAACGAGUCCGAAAACGAUGAGGAGGAGUCAGAGAACAAUGGUUAUAUCCAGAUGCUAGUGAAGCCAAUGGAACAAAGUAAUUACGGCUUCCUUUUAAAUUGGGUGGGAUUGAGUGGGUCUAAUUUGAGCGCCCAGCAGGUGCGCGUUGUCUAUGGUGUGGGACUCUUGUUGACAGUGAUGUGUGUCUACCAAGUUUUACAAUGCGAUAUCGGACAAUUAUUCUACCGAUUAUGCAGCCUCAUAGUCCCCAUGUUUUGUAUUGUAAAUGCAUUUUAUUGGCUUUCACUAGUAUUUCGAAAAAGUUGGAGCAAUACUAGUCUCUACCUGCUGUUCUCUUCGUGUUAUGUGGGGGAGAUAGCGGCCCAAGUGAUGUUGGUCCGAAAGAACACAGGUGUGACCGCCGAGCAGGACGAUGUCUCGUCCAUGUACAUAAUGCAACCGUCUGUGGUGUUGGCUGUCCUCAUAGCAAUCAGUUUUGCCAGUUUAUUUUCUUCGUUAGAAACCUUACAAAGCGCUGCUGUAAUACUUCUGGUAAGCUUUACACGUUUCCUCGCCUGUACCUCUCUGGUCGACUUCCCCCAGAGCCUGCGGCCGUUCGUCGCCUAUUCUUGUGGAUUUUGUGGUAUCAUCGUAUCGAAGUACCUGGAAACCGUAUUUAAAACUACAAUAAGCAACAACAUGACUCAAGAUGGCAAAAUUCCUGUCAUCAAAAGACGCAGGAGUAGUUCGAGCGCUCAUGGAUUUUCUGCUCACAAAUCUAUCCGACGAACAUCUCUACCCGCUUUGAUACAAAAACCUCAGUAUAUGGACUGUGGCGAUACUAGGUCACUACACUCAAGUUCUUCAUGUGAUUCUAUCAACCCCAAUACUUUGUACGGUACAUAUUUUUAUCAGCUUCAUCAAAUAAGCAAGAGUUCCACUGCCAAUUACGAAGUGACUGUGAUCGGAGAAGCUCAUGGAUUAAUCACAGACAUGUUGGCAGAAACUAACUUACCUCCACACAUUGUCAAUGGAUUACGGGCUGUGAGUAUCUUGCUGAAGCCCCCUGAGAACCACAACUCCAUACAUAAAACUAAAGUAAGCCCUUUGGUCUCGUUAAACGAGACCACCUCCUAUGGGUCCGAUUCCGAUGACUUACCAUACACUGGAGAAAGGCCAACAUCACUACCAAAACGUCUUCGAAGGAGUCUCCCUCCUAACCUGAUCAGGCGUAUGUCUACAAGCACAUGGACUACCACAACAUCGGCCACAGGAAUGCCUACUCUAGAAGCUGAGCCAUCCCGGAUUCGAAGUUCCAGUUUCCGCCAAUCAAGAGAUUGGGCCAUCCCCGGUGGAAGUCCGUCUGGAAGUCGCAGUAACAGCCCAUCGCCAAGCUCUCCUGCCACCAUGGUUCUAGCUAUACCGAAAUCUCGUUCUUUCUCUGUGGCAAGUGCAGCCCCCAGCAACCUUGGACACCAGCGAAGAACUUCGAGAAAAAACAUGCUACCUCCUUCUUCUGCAUCUGUAGACUACCCCAGCGUGAGCCCUUCAAAAUUUGAGGCAAGUAGCCUGGGUAGAAGUGAGACUAACCUAGAUACGACGGAUGCAGGCAAGUUGAGUGUAACUAAAGAGUGCCAAGCUGCUCCACUGCGAAGAUUAGGAAAUAUUACAUCAGACUAUGAGAGUAACGAUUCCCCUAGCAGUAGUGACCACAGUGACAAUGUACUAACUGUAGACGAUCUCUCUAGUUCCUCCCCGCCCAAGAAAUUUGGCUGCCGUUUGGAGUCUAGCGGUGGCAAUGUUAGUAAUAGUAGUGGUGGUGGUGUUGGUGGUGGUAGUGGUAAUAGUGGCAUGAACCAGCACAAAGGCACCAAAACCUUUCAAAAAACAGUUACUGAACAUUCAAAGAAGGCUGAAGAAAACGAAAGAGAUGAAGAAAAGAAAGAAACUGAAUCCACAGAAUCGCGUCUAGAUUUCAUUCUAAAGAAGCCCCCAGAUAUAACAGAAAUUCCAUAUAGCAUCGAAGACGUAGAUAAUUGUCAAGAACUUAGUAUAGACAAGUUGAAUGAAUGGGAUUAUGAAAUCUUUGAUCUUGCUGCACGGUCUGGAAAAUUUAUUCUCAGUCAGGUGGCUUACAAACUUUUUAUGGAAGUGGGUCUUUUUGAAACAUUCCGCAUCCCUCUAAAAGAGUUUAUCUGCUACUUCCACGCUUUAGAACUGGGAUACCGAAACAAACCAUACCACAACCGCGUCCAUGCGACUGAUGUCCUCCAUGGAGUUUAUUAUUUAACCACACAAGGAAUCCCAGGCUUUCAACAGUGCUCUGCAGACUUCUUCACUCGGCAUGGCUCCUCCAGUGAAUCAGAAUCCGAUUCCACAGACAAAUGCGGGUAUACCCAUCGAGCAAGGAACAACCUGGAUGAUAGCUACGGUAUAAUGGGGGCCAAUUUCCCAGCCCUGGAGCUCAUGGCUCUCUACACUGCUGCUGCCAUGCAUGACUACGAUCAUCCGGGCAGAACAAAUGCAUUCUUAGUGGCCACCCACGCCCCACAGGCUGUUAUGUAUAACGACCGCUCGGUCUUGGAGAACUAUCACGCUGCUUCGUCUUGGGCGUUACUUUUGGAAGACCAUAAAUACAAUUUUCUGUGUGGCCUAGACAGUGCCGAAUUCAAGCGGUUCCGAUUCCUUGUGAUUGAAGCUAUUCUUGCAACAGAUCUAAAAAGACAUUUUGAAAUUCUAAGUUUAUUUAAUGCUAAGGUGAACCAUGACGAUGCUCCUGGAAUUGAAUGGAACAGUGAACCCGACCGGAUGUUAGUGAUGCAGAUGGUGAUCAAACUGGCAGACAUUAACGGACCGGCCAAGAAACGAAGUCUUCACAUAAACUGGACACGGCGCAUAUCAGAUGAAUUCUAUGAUCAGGGAGAUGAGGAAGCCAGACUGGGAAUGCCAAUAUCUCCAUAUAUGGAUCGACGGAAUGGUCAGCUUGCUAAACUUCAAGAAUCUUUCAUUAACCAUUUGGUAGCUCCCCUUUGUAAUGCCAUGGUAUCAGCUGGUUUGGUUCCUGGCAUUUGGGCUGACUUGGAAGAUGAAGAUUUGUCUGACAGCGAAAAAGGAGACAUUUGCAAAGACACAGAAGAGGAAACUGACCAGGAUAUUGGGGGUGUGGCUUCUUCCAAGAAAACAAAAACCAGGAAAGUUAACUGCAUUCUUACAAAGAACAUGAAAGAGAAUCAUGAAAUGUGGGUUGGCAAAAUAAAGGAAGAGGAAAUCCUCAACAAAAUACGAACUGCUGAAGAGGAAGAAGAAUUGGAAGCUGACAGUUUAGACUGCACAGAAUUAAAAACCGAGAUGGAAGCCAUCAAAGAAGAGAGUGAAAGCUGCAGCACACCACCAGUAACAUCGUCGUCGUCCUCAUCAUCGUCAUCCUCAUCGUCGUCGUCAUCCUCCACGUUGUCAUCCAUUUCUGUCGCCACCCCCCAUUCACAGUCAUCGCCAUCCCCCCACACGGCUACCAGCACCACAGCUUCAUUGGCAUCCCCGCCACCCCUGUCUCUGCAGCAAACACAACAACCAGCGCCAUCACCAACACCAACACCACCACCACCACCACACCAAUCUCCAAAGACUUAAAUUUAUGGAUGUUCAAAGAAACAACUGAAAAAAAUAUAAAUAUAUAUAUUAAAAAAAAAUGGAAAUCGACUGUCUUCAUUUCUGAAGACAAGAAAUAAUAAUAAUAAUAAUAAAAAUAAUGAUAAUAAUUUUAAUUAUUAUUACAAUUAUUAUUAUUGUUACUAAUUAUUGUUAUCAUUAUUAUUAUUAUUAUUAUUGUUAAGAUGAAAUUAAGACUAGACUAUAUAGUGUAAAGAUUGGGAAAGAGAGAGAGAGAGAAAGGCAUGAGAGAGUGUAAAAUAUUGGGUGUGUAACAGAGAAGAGGAUUGGGCGAGAGAGUGGGAUGAGUGGAAACGGAUCGUUAGUAAAAGAAAUGAGGAAGAGAGAGAGAGAGAGAGAGGAAGGUAUAGUGAUGAUGAUGAUGAUGAUGAUGGUUUGUACAAAACUUUGAAACAAAAUAAAGGGGAAAAAAGAUUACCAAAAAAAAAAGAAAAUAGAAAAAUAUUUUUAAAAAGUGAAUCAUUGAAAAGAGAAGGGAGACCAUGAUAAUAGUGAUGAUGAUGAUGAUGAUUAAAAGACGUUGUACCAAUCAUAAUAACAGUGAUGAUGAUGAUGGUGAUGGUGAUAAGAGAGCACAUUGUCUAUGAAUUGAACACAUUAUCAAUUGUACCCCAAGUGAUCAAUGAUUAAUCUGUACCUCCUUCAGUCAUUUUUAUGGUGUAUCGGUUUUUAAGUAAAAUAUCUCUUCUCGUGACUAAA